AUGCAUGAAAAAUUUGACUGGUAUUACGUGAUACCUGAUACGACGUACGUAAAUCCAUUCGAACUGAUGCGAUUUGUAAAUCACGUGAAUUGGAAUCGUCAUGUAGCUAUUGGUGUUGGAACUGGGGAUAAUUCGAACAGAUGUAGCUUGCAAGCCGGAAUUUUGCUAACAAAUCUUGCCAUGCAAUCGCUUGUACAGAACUUCAGACACUUGUGUAGUUCCAUAUCUAGCAGUUCAGACCAUAAUGCAUUCGAAUUCUGCAUUCAUCUUGCAACAAACUUGUCGUGUACCAGUUACUAUCAGGGCCGGACGUAUGAUUGGUGGAAAGUCGAUGAAGGAUUAUCUGAAGGCGGUAGUGGCACAGCCAUACAUGAUGCCGUUGCGUGGUGGGCUUCGUCGUCAGAAAAUUUUAAUCGAUCCCUCAGUGUUUCACCUUUGCUUUCGGAUGCAGAUGCUCAUGCGCUUCAUCAGCAUUUCUUACAUGUCGAAUUAAAUCGUAUUGAAUGUGAAAUUGAUCGCAUAUCUACUGAAAUUGUCUCAUUAUCGUACGAUAUUAUUGACGGACCAUCGCAACCAGCUGGCUUACCACCAUAUUCAAAAGCACCAGAUCGGUAUCAGGUUGCGAAGUGGCAUUUCUUUACAAAUACAGAGAUCUUCAAAAAUGAGCCGAACCAAAAUGUUUACGCGUUGAGUGGAGAUGAUAAGCUGGAUGUUGAAGAGAUAGUUGCAGCAUCUCGGAAAUUCAUUGAAGAAAGUGGUGAAGCGAAUGAUGAAGAUUUUUUACAACUUCGAAACGGUUAUCGUUUAUUUGAUCCAAUGCGAGGUAUGGAUUAUAUCGUAGAUUUGUUAUAUCGUAACAACGAUGGAGGCAAGGUGCAUCGUAUUCAUUUAACCCGAGUAAUAUCUAAUGGUCAACUUUUACAGCAAGUACCUUACGUAAAAGAAGAUACUGAUUUAACAAUUUUGAUACCGCUUGGAUCAAAUGAUGAAGUGGGCGCUGUUCGUCGAUUCAUAGUUCAAUAUGUGAGCCUAUGUCAGUCAUCAGUUGGUGAUAACCGACAAACCAGAUUGGUUAUAGCUAUACGUGAUGUUGAUCCUUUCGCCAUUCGGCUACUUAACGAUGAUAUUAUUGAAUUAAGAAUUCGGUGUAAACGAGCACAAACAGAAACUAUGCUAUUAAUAUUGAAACAAGAUAGUCAUCCAGUUUUGGCGGCAGCAGCACUCGAUGAAGCAGUUGAUCAUUUUGGCGAACAAAUGAUCUACCUCUUAUUGUCACCUCAUGCUGAUAUUCAGCGUGAAUUUCUUGAUCGAGUACGCAUCAAUACUAUCAAACAUUUUCAGGUGUUCUUUCCGCUUCCAUUCGUGGAAUAUCAUCCACAAAUUGUGAGCGCAAAUGAAGCACUCCAAUCAAAAAUGAAAGAUCCUAACAUCGACAAAACUUUUAUGGGUGGUGCAGAUACGUUUAUGAGCAAGUUCCGUGAUGCUAGCUUUAAACGAAAUACACGGCCACUUAUUGUUCAUAAAGAUCGAGGUCGUUUCGACCCCUUGGAUUUUUCAGUCUUUUCUUUAUAUGGUGCAGAUUUCAUACGAACUCGUUCACGUCUAAACGGUAAAUCUCUGCUGUUAGAUUUGUCGUCACUCUUUCUCGGUCAUCAAAUUAUUCACAUGAUGCGAGCUGUUGAGCCAGCUUUGCGACUUCGAUACCAUAGUCGCGUUUGUAAUCCGGAAUUGGUGGAUUCGGAUUAUGCUCGUUGUUUGCUUAGCCGACGUGAAGGACUUGCGUCUAAAGCACAACUGGCUAAUUUAUUGCUCAGUCGGAAAACAAAGAAUAUGGUAGCUGCUUGA